AUGGUACCUACACCAAUACCUAAAAUGAGUUCUAUGAAAUGGAAGGAUUUGUUAGUAGGUAAAGGGCAGUUUUUUCCUAACGUUGAUGCCUUUAGACAAGCAUUAUACAAGUAUAGUGUCUCCCACAAGUUUUCAUACAAGUUUAAGAAGAAUAACAAAGAGAAGAUUGUUGCAUAUUGCAAGGUAGAGGGCUGUGAAUGGAACAUUGCAGCAUAUUCAAUAGGGAAAGAUAAUGAGAUUUUAAGGGUUACAAAAUUUAACAAUGAUCACACCCAUAAUGCGCAAGACAACCUUAUUGUGUCACACCCAGCAAGGUCAAAAUUAACAUCAUCAAUUAUGGUUGAUGCUCUAAGGUCUAAUAUAGAUAAAGGUGCCAAUGAACUUGCAAGAGACUUGUAUAGAGAGUAUGGUGUGCGAUUGAGCUACAGUCAAGCCUAUAGGGGAAGAGAAAAAGCAUUGCGAGAAAUACAUGGUCGUGCAGAAGAUUCUUAUAGCAUAAUCCCUUGGAUUUGUGAUCGAUUAAUGGAAACUGAUCCGAUGACAGUUGCAAAAUGGAAUGCCUCAAAUAAUAGAUUUGAGAGGCUAUUCAUUGCUUAUGGAUGCUCUAUAUCUGGUUUUUUAGGAGCAUAUGCCAUUGUUAGUGGGGAAACAUUAGAAGAUUGGUCUUGGUUUCUUCAAAAUGUCAAAGACAUAACAAGAUCAAUGGAGUUAACAAUUGUUUCUGAUUGGAAUAAUGCAAUUAUUGGUGCCGUGCAAGCUAUAUUUGGUAGUGGUGAGAGACAUGCAUUUUGCUACCGUCAUGUGAAGGAAAAUUUUAGCACAGCAUUUAUGAAAAUCAAUAGAGAAUCCUUUAAUCUUUGGAUUGUGAAAGAGAGAAAACACAAUGUUAAUGUCUUGAUUCAUAAGCAUAGAGAGAAAUUGGCAAAGAAGAUGGUUGCUUGCAAAGCGGCUAUAGAAAAUUGGAAACACUGUGUCGGGCCUAACGUUGAGGCAAAAGUUAUGGAGCAAGUUGUGAGAGCUGAAAAUUUACAUGCACAAAUUUAUAGAGAAAAUUUGAUCUCUGUGCAAAUUAUAUCAGUUAAUGGACUAAUACACUUGAAUGUUGAUCUUGCAACACGUACAUGCUCUUGUUUAGCAUGGCAAUUGAGUGGAAUACCUUGUGCAACUUGUGCAGCAAUCAAGCUACUUCAUGGCAAUGUGUAUAAUUUUAUGGAUGAAUGUUACAAGUUUACUGCUCAAGAAAAGAUAUAUGCCAGCAGCGUGAAGCCGAUAGCCACACAUGACUGUCCACGUCUAGAAGCAUUGACGAUGACAAAUUUAUUAACUGAAACCUUUUUGGUGCCACCAAUGACUAGAAGGCCUCUUGGUAGGCCAAAGAGUAAAAGAAGGGAAUCUCAAUUCCAAAACAAAAAGGGUUUAUCAUUGUGGAAGAUGCCAUGA